AGAUUGGCACUGCUUUGCUUCUUUCUUUACCGAAGUCUCUUCCUCCCGGACUGAGCUUUGCUGUAUCUUCCUUACAGCAUAUGACACACGGAAUUUCCCUUUCCUAAAAUGGAGCCAAGUAAAAAGAUGGACUCCGCCGGCACCCUGCAGACUAACCCACCGCUAAAGCUGCACCCUGAGCGCGGCGCCGGGACAUCCGUCUUCGUCCCUGAACAAGGAGGCUACAAAGAAAGGUUUGUGAAGACCGUGGAGGACAAGUACAAGUGUGAGAAGUGCCGCCUGGUGCUGUGUAACCCGAAGCAGACGGAGUGCGGACACCGGUUCUGCGAGACCUGCAUGGCUGCCUUGCUGAGCUCCUCAAGCCCAAAAUGUACUGCGUGUCAAGAAGGCAUCAUUAAAGAUAAGGUGUUUAAGGAUAAUUGCUGCAAGAGAGAGAUCCUCGCUCUUCAGAUCUACUGCAGGAAUGAAGGUGGAGGUUGCACAGAGCAGUUGGCACUGGGACACCUGCUGGUGCAUUUAAAGAACGAUUGCCAGUUUGAAGAGCUUUCGUGCAUCCGUGCUGACUGCAAAGAAAAAGUGUUGCGAAGAGACCUGCGUGACCACGUGGAAAAGGCCUGCAAGUACCGGGAGGCCACGUGCAGCCACUGCAAAAGUCAGGUCCCAAUGAUCACCCUCCAGAAACACGAAGACACUGAGUGUCCCUGUGUGGUGGUGUCCUGCCCCCAUAAGUGCAGUGUCCAGACCCUUCUGAGGAGUGAGUUGAGUGCACACUUGUCAGAGUGUGUCAAUGCCCCCAGCACCUGUAGUUUUAAGCGCUAUGGCUGCGUUUUUCAGGGGACAAACCAGCAGAUUAAGGCCCAUGAGGCCAGCUCCGCGGUGCAGCAUGUCAACUUACUGAAAGAGUGGAGUAACUCUCUAGAGAAAAAGGUUUCCUUGUUACAGAAUGAAAGUGUAGAGAAAAACAAGAGCAUACAAAGUUUGCACAAUCAGAUAUGUAGCUUUGAAAUUGAAAUUGAGAGACAAAAGGAAAUGCUCCGAAAUAAUGAAUCCAAAAUACUUCAUUUACAGCGAGUGAUAGACAGCCAGGCGGAGAAACUGAAAGAGCUGGACAAAGAGAUCCGUCCCUUCCGGCAGAACUGGGAAGAAGCAGACAGCAUGAAGAGCAGCGUGGAAUCCCUCCAGAACCGAGUGACAGAGCUGGAGAGCGUGGACAAGAGUGCAGGACAGGCGGCGCGGAACACAGGCUUGCUGGAGUCCCAGCUGAGCCGGCACGACCAGAUGCUGAGCGUCCACGACAUCCGCCUGGCCGACAUGGACCUGCGCUUCCAGGUCCUGGAGACGGCCAGCUACAAUGGCGUGCUGAUUUGGAAGAUCCGAGAUUAUAAGCGGCGGAAGCAGGAAGCUGUCAUGGGGAAGACCCUGUCUCUUUACAGCCAGCCUUUCUACACGGGCUAUUUUGGCUAUAAGAUGUGUGCCAGGGUCUACCUGAACGGGGAUGGCAUGGGGAAGGGGACGCAUUUGUCGCUGUUUUUUGUCAUCAUGCGUGGAGAGUACGAUGCUCUGCUUCCUUGGCCGUUCAAGCAAAAAGUGACGCUCAUGCUGAUGGAUCAGGGGUCGUCUCGGCGUCACCUGGGAGAUGCGUUCAAGCCGGACCCCAACAGCAGCAGCUUCAAGAAGCCCACCGGGGAGAUGAAUAUUGCCUCUGGCUGCCCAGUGUUUGUGGCCCAAACUGUGCUAGAAAACGGGACAUAUAUUAAAGAUGAUACCAUUUUUAUUAAAGUCAUAGUGGAUACUUCGGAUCUGCCGGACCCCUGACAAGUCACUGGGGAGGUGGAUUGAGCAGAAGGCAACUCCUCUGGGGGGUUUGAACCGGCUGUCUCCAUCGAGGUCCUCGUGCUCAGAAAAGGACCUUGUGGAAAGGAGGAAGCAGCAGAAGGUGGCCGCGGGCCAGCGGGAGGAGCGCGCGUGAGGACACACCGGACAUGUUUUCUAAUAGACUAGCAACACUCCGCUCUGAAGAAUUAUUUAUCCUUCGAUGUGAUAAAUACUGCUGUCAGAGAAGGUUUUCAUUUUCAUUUUUAAAGAUCUAGUUAAUUAAGGUGGAAAACAUAUAUGCUAAACAAAAGAACCAUGAUUUUUCUUCCUUAAACUUGAACACCAAAAAAACCCACAUGCACACACAUGUACACACACGCACACGCACACACACACACCUGGGAAUAGCUGGACAUGUCAGCAUGUUAAGUAAAAGAAGAAUUUAUGAAAUAAUAAUGCGAUUCUGAUAUAUUCUAAAAUUCAAGAGUGCAAUCUUGUUUCAAAUAUAGUAUAUUGUCUAUUUUUAAGGCCUCAUCUGGUCUCUGUUUUAAUAAUUUGUUUGUCAGAAGACCCUGAAGUACAACUAGGUCUUUUUUGAAAGUCUAAAUUCAGAAUCAUUUUUUAAUUUAAAGUUCUAAGAUAAUUGUUAUUGCAAACAUUUUAUUUUAAAACGUUGAUAGACUGAUAUUUCUUGGAAGAAAAUGUAAAAUAUCAAACACUGGUUAUCACUUGUGAUAGGAAAGAAACUAUUCAAUCUGCUGUUAUUUCUCGUUAGAAAUGUAAACCUUCAAUAUCUGUCGUAGUUAAUGACACUACUUCAAAAUUACUAUGAAAGGGAAACUGCUCAUGGAUGCUGUGCAUCAUUUUCAGAUUUAUAAUUGUUUUCACCCUAAAAUAGGGCAUUUGUUGAACUUUGGAGUUCUAAACAAAAUCCUGUAGGCUUUUAAAAUUCUGCCCCCUGUGUUCAGACACGCUCUCUAUUGCUGACAACUCUGACCUUCAGUGUCCAGUGCCCCGGGGGUGGGCAGGUGGCUCGUGCUGGAGGAGGCCACAGCAGGUGUGUUUCUUCAUCUUGUCACAUUGCUGCGUUUUGUUAACGAUCUCCAAAGGCAAC